AUGAUUUCAGUGAGAAGAGCCACUGCACAAGACAUUUUUUCAAUUCAAAAUUAUCAACUUACAACAGAAGAAGGAUAUCAGUCAAAAUAUUAUUAUUAUCAUUUUUUAUCAUGGCCAUAUUUAAUGUAUGUUGCAGAAACAAUAAAUAAAAAAAUAGUAGGAUAUACAAUUAUGAAAACAGAUGAUGAAACUAAAGAAGGGUUAUGUACUGUUCAAAUAACAAAUCUUGUUGUAUCAGAAUCAUAUAGAAGAAUGAAAAUCGGUACACAAUUAUUAAAACAAACUAUUAAUGCUGCUAUUGAAAUUUAUGGAGCUCGUAUUGUUAGAGCUCGUUCUUCGGAAAAAAAUUCAUCUGGAAGUAAAUUUUUAGAAAAAAUGGGAUUUUCAAUGGUUGGUGAAUAUGAUCACAUGGAACUUUAUAAAAAAGUGUUGAAUUUGGAUGACCAAUUAAAUAAUGAAGACAUUUCACCUGCUGCUGUUGCUUGGAGAAAAAAAAUUAUUGCAGCAAAUUAA